AAAUGAGAAAAUUUCUUUUCGCACCCUUCAUGCGGUGACGGGGGCAAAACAAUUAGAUUUUAUAAGGCUCGUUAGUUAAAGUGUAAACUAUAUAUUCUGGUAAUAUAAUUUUUUGCCACCACCAAUCUUCCUCUUUCACUCUCAGCCAAAGCGAAAAUGUUGUUCUUCUCCUACUUCAAAGAUUUGGUCGGAAAAGAAGUCACGGUUGAACUCAAGAACGAUUUAGCCAUCAGAGGAACAUUGCAUUCUGUUGACCAAUACCUUAACAUCAAACUCGAAAAUACUCGUGUUGUUGAUCAAGACAAGUACCCUCACAUGCUUUCUGUAAGGAACUGCUUCAUCAGAGGAUCCGUGGUGAGAUACGUGCAAUUGCCAACAGAAGGUGUGGACAUUGACCUAUUGCACGAUGCCACAAGAAGAGAAGCCCGGGGUGGUUGAUUUCGCUAAUCUCGUAAUUUAUAUUUUGUAUGAGAAUUCAUUAGGCUGGAAUAUCAUAGAUGUUAUCAUUCCUGCUUAAGAAAGAAACUAUGGAACUUAAGCAUUGUUCUGAUUUACUCUGACAGUGAUACUAGUAUUUACCCUGCUAA